GAGAUAGCCUCUGACGCUAACCAAUCAGGAUGAGCCUUCCGGGCACCUAAGACCAAUAAGGUGCUGGAGGUACGGUGGAGCCUUGACGCUAACCACUGUUGUAAAGGGGAGAGCAGCGGCGGGCACAGUUGAGACGUCUGCUCAGGUUCGGCAACUAAAGAAAGACGAAAGGAGUGAAGAGGACGUGUGGGGACGCUGGAUUUUUCUUUUUUAUUAUUUAUUCUUCUUGCAACUGGCCAGGGUUGCUUUAUAUUAUGUUUCUAUGGCAAAUACAUUAUAAUUAACUUCGCAAAGGUUUAUUCUCUACUACCUUGGCCCGCCCUGCUCUACCCUGCUUAGAAGGAGUUUUCUCUUCCGAAAGGACCCUUUACGCGUCGAGUUGGAUUUAAGUCCCUUCACUCUGACAGCAUGAUGCGGUUACCGUUUUCUGCAGCUGUUCUUCUAGUUUUUAUCAGCCAGGUCUUUGGAGACUUGAUCCAGGCGAGUGUAGGGGAUGAUGUUAAGUUUCCCCUCUCAGAGGAGUGCAUGGAGGGACACGGAGCACUGAAUCUACACCUGAAGGACGGCAGCAUUCAGGUGGUGGCGUCUCUUCAUGGUGACUGGGAGCCGGGGCGAGCUUACAUUGGCCGGGUGACUGUAAGCAGCGAUUCUUUAAUACUGACAAGUGUAGAUUUCAAUGACCAAGGCAUGUAUGACUUUACAUGCAAGAAAAAAGGGAAGGUAGAGCUCACUGAUCUGCAAGUAUUCCUGCCCUCUGAAGUUGUUGUAGAUGAGGGUGAUGAUGCCACACUGCCGUGCCGCUCCAUCACAGCAGGUCAGAGGGUGAAGUCUGCGCAGUGGAGGCGAGACAGACAGAUGGUGCUGGGGCUGAAUCCUCCACACGUUACUGAUGGGAAUGACUUUGAAAGCCGGGUAUCAAUACCAUCAGACUGGUACCAAAGGGGAGACCUGUCCCUCAGCAUAAAGCCAGUUCAGCUGAGGGAUCGAGGCGUUUAUUUCUGUGACGUGGACAAGACGGAGCGACACCGCUCAGCUGUGCGCCUGCGAGUUCGAGAGACUGUCUCUAAAUCUCUGACCAGCACGCUAAAGCCUACACUGAUGCCGACACAGACGACCUCAGAAGUAAGCGGACUGGGAACUCUGGCCGCUGUCUGCAUCACAGCUGUGGUCUUUUUGGUUUUGGGCCUUGUGUGGGGAUGGCUCCUGAAAUCUCACUGCUCCACGUACGUGUCACGUCUACUACGACGCUUUGGGCCCGGAGAUGAACGACAUGAUGUAAAUGGGGCGUCGGACCCUCUGAGCCAUCCUCCUCCUCUGCAGAUGAAUGGCCGCAAACCAUCAAAUGCGUCCCAGGCAGACGUCUGAAGACUUUUAGGAGCAAUACUUGGCAACGUUUAACUUAUUAAUGCGCUUCAGCUUAUUAAUGUGUGCAGCUUAUAAUUAUAAUGAUGAAUUUUUACACCGAUUAAAGCUUUCGCUUCCUGUCUUAAUUUACUUUUUCUUAUUUUUUGUAAUAUUUAUACAUGUUCUUCUUCAGUGCCUUCAGGCCUCACAGGCCUCCUGUAUGUUCACGGUGAAGUCCGGACAUUUUCACGAACACUUCGUGGUUCUCCUGCUCCAUCACGGAGGCCUCGGCUUAGGUUAAAGGUUCCUCCUUCCAGACGGAAACGGGUGGUUUGACAAAUGAAAAUAAAUUAUUUGAAGCCAUGCUCACCUUCUUUUCCUAUUAGAAUCUGUUUUAUAAACGUCAAACGUAUGAUUCUACCAUUAAACAAUACACAUGGAUACAUUUUUAGACCACAGUGCUUCUUGGAUUCAUUUUAAUAUUUUUAAACGUAUAUUUACAUUUAUUUUUGUUAAAUAAGAAACAGAAAUUAGUCCACACCUCUCAGAGUCUACUAAUGAAGCAAACCCUUUCACUCUCCACACAAACAUUUUCUAAUGCGGAUACAAAGAAGACAAAUUAUUCUGUAAUUUUUACAUCAGCAUUUAUUUAUUUAUUACGAUUUAACACAAAUCACUGCAUAUUUUUUUCAUUUUGUAUUUUCCGAUAGAAUUCCGAUAAAACUCUGUAAUGAUGUAAUGAUUGCUUACAUCCACCGAAGUGUUCAAGGUCAACUUAAUGAUUCACUGGUUGAAAACUGACAAAAAGCCUUAUGAUUCUUGUCAACACAUAGAAAAGACUACAUCAAGAUUGAUGACAUUAUGUCCCAUUUCAUCACUGACUUGAUCGGAAAGUCAGCAUGAUAAUAAUAGCGCUAUUUAAAUCUGUCUUUUUCUCUCUUUUUUGGAAAAUAAAAGUUUUCUGUCAGUGUCAUUCACUAAACGAAUUUCCUUAAACAAUGAACUGAAUGCUACACAUGUGCGAUACACACAUUAAAAACCUAAAGCCUACACUUCCACUUUUAAUGUACCAAAAACGACUUAAAGCAGGUUUAAAACGAUCA